AUGUCAACUGCACAAAAUAAAAAGUGUGGAAAAUGUGAAAAAGUUGUUUAUCCAGCGGAAGAAAUAAAAUGCCUUGAUAAAUUUUGGCAUAAAGGAUGUUUAAAAUGUUCAGUGUGCGGAAUGACACUUAAUAUUAAAAAUGUCAAAGGCUACGAUAGAAUGCCGUAUUGUAAUGUACAUUAUCCACAACCAAAACCUACCGUUAUUGCUGAUAAUCCAGAAAUGCAACGUAUUCGAUUACUAACAGACAUUCAGAGCAAUGCGAAAUAUCAUGAAGAUUUCAAUAAAAGUAAAGGAAAAUUUACCGUCGUAACUGAUGAUCCAGCAUUAAUACGAGCUAAAGAACAACAGCGUAUUGUGAGUCAAGCAGAAUAUACAGGCAAACGAAAAGAUAGUACAUCACAAAUGCUCGCUCAAGAUAGUUGUCAACCGUCUAAUGGAAAUAAUACUAACAAUCGAGGUUUAAAAGCAGCUGAGUCAGCAGUAGGACGUGUGGCUGAUUAUGAUCCGAUGAAUGAUGAUCGUGGUUCAUUAGCAAGGGGUUAUGAGCCGACAUCAAAAGCCAUGCAUACCACUACUUAUGACGUAAAUCAAAAAAAUGUUGCUCAAUCCAACACAAAAGUCGAGAAUAGUACCAUCAGUGGAAACGGAAAUGGAAACAAAAAUUCAUAUCAUCAACAUCAAGAUGAACAACAAAUCUCAUCAAAUAAUAUUCAUCAUGUUGAUCAACCUGAACAAUAUUCACAUGGUGAUAAUCAUCCAACGCAGGUGAAAGUUCGUGCACUUUAUUCAUAUACAGCAGCUGAAUCAGAUGAAAUAAGUUUUACUGAAGGUGACAUUCUUGUUCAAUGUGAACAUAUUGAUGCGGGUUGGAUGCUAGGUCGAAAUCCUAAAACAGGUCAUCAAGGUCUACUUCCAUCGAACUAUGUGGAAAUUAUCGAUUGA